CCCCGCCCGCUCGCGGCCGCCCCCGCCCCUGCUCGCCGAGACCCCGCCGGCGGGCGCGGCGACCCUUCCCGGCGCUCCGUGCGCCGUGCGCGGCGCGCUCGCGGUGACCCGGCGCGCGUGAGGUCAGGGCGCGGGGCGGAGCGCUCGGGCGGCGCCAUGCGGAGGGGCGAGCGCAGGGGCGCCGGGGGGCCGCGGCCGGGGUCCCCGGUGCCCGCCGGCAAGGCCGCGCUGGAGGAGCCGCCGGAGGGCGCGCCCGGGGGCCGCCGCAGCACCGAGUCCGAGGUCUACGACGACGGCACCAACACCUUCUUCUGGCGUGCACACACCCUGACCGUGCUCUUCAUCCUCACCUGCGUGCUUGGCUACGUGACUCUGCUGGAGGAGACGCCUCAGGACACGGCCUACAACACCAAGAGAGGUAUUGUGGCCAGUAUUUUGGUUUUCUUAUGUUUUGGAGUAACACAAGCCAAAGACGGGCCCUUUUCCAGACCUCAUCCAGCGUACUGGAGGUUCUGGCUCUGCGUCAGCGUGGUCUACGAGCUGUUUCUCAUCUUCAUACUCUUCCAGACCGUGCAUGAUGGCCGCCAGUUUCUGAAGUACGUUGACCCCAGGCUGGGGGUCCCGCUGCCAGAGAGGGACUACGGGGGGAACUGCCUCAUCUACGACGCGGACAACGAGACGGACCCCUUCCACAACGUCUGGGACAAGCUGGACGGCUUCGUGCCUGCGCACUUUAUCGGCUGGUACCUGAAGACCCUGAUGAUCCGCGACUGGUGGACAUGCACGAUCGUGAGCGUGAUGUUCGAGUUCCUGGAGUACAGCCUGGAGCACCAGCUGCCCAACUUCAGCGAGUGCUGGUGGGACCACUGGAUCAUGGACGUGCUGGUCUGCAACGGGCUGGGCAUCUACUGCGGCAUGAAGACCCUCGAGUGGCUGUCCCUGAAGACCUACAAGUGGCAGGGCCUCUGGAACAUUCCGACCUACAAGGGCAAGAUGAAGAGGAUCGCCUUCCAGUUCACGCCCUACAGCUGGGUCCGCUUCGAGUGGAAGCCGGCCUCCAGCCUGCGCCGCUGGCUGGCCGUGUGCGGCAUCAUCUUGGUGUUUCUGUUGGCAGAGCUGAACACGUUCUACCUGAAGUUCGUGCUGUGGCUGCCCCCGGAGCACUCCCUGGUGCUGCUGCGGCUGGUGUUCUUCGUCAACGUGGGCGGCGUGGCCAUGCGGGAGAUCUACGACUUCAUGGACGACCCGAAGCCGCACAGAAAGCUGGGCCAGCAGGCCUGGCUGGUGGCCGCCAUCACCGUCACGGAGCUGCUCAUCGUGGUGAAGUACGACCCGCACACGCUCACGCUGUCGCUGCCCUUCUACAUCGCCCAGUGCUGGACGCUCGGCUCCGUGCUCGUGCUCACCUGGACCGUGUGGCGCUUCUUCCUGCGGGACAUCACCCUGCGGUACAAGGAGACCCGGCGGCAGAAGCAGCAGAACAACAGUGACCAGGGCAACACGGUCGGCAACACAGACAGGCACGCGCCUGUGCCGGACCCCGCCCCGGGGCCCGCGGAGGAUGAGCAGGAGGGCGCACCGGCUCUGAGCUGACCUGCCCCACGACCGCCAGGACACAGGCCUGUGUCCCUUUCUCCUCGGAUCCCACCAGGAGCCGACACCCUCCCUUUCCCCACACAGCGGACUGGGGCGUGGGGAGGCCGUCCGGCAGGGCUGGUGAGCGGGUGGCGGUGCGUGUGCACGUCUGCUCUGCUCCGGGCUCCGGAGGCGUCUCGGGCAGCAGGUGUGGCUGGGCACGCCCUGGGGCAGCAGUCCUCUGUGCCGUCAGCCCACCGGCCCCUGGACCACCCCGAGCCCUGGUGCCCGGAGGUCCCGGCCCCUAACCCUGCUGGCCCCACUCCACCCCUGGCCCUUGUGUUACUGACUGGUCCACCAGCCCAGGGAGGCCGAGAAGGUGGGUCCCAGCUGCAGCGCUGAGCCGUUCCCUUGGGAGCCCUCCUCCACCCAGCUCACCUAGAGGGCGAGCGGGCCGGGGCGGGUCUCCAGGGAGGCACUGGCCGACACUCCCAGGCCCUGUGCCCAUGGUUGGAAGGACGGGGCCUGGGGUCCCUGGCCCCAAGUUGGUGGUCAUCUCCAAGAGCAAACAGAACAAAUAAACCUGCAGUGGUCUGA